CUGGUCAGUUCUACACGAUUCACCGAUCGCAACGGACGCAAAGUUUCGCUCAUCGUCACUGAUUUCGCAUUCAUCUACAAUGGCACCGAAGGUUCCAUCUGUCCGGCUCAACAAUGGCCUUGAGAUGCCCGUUCUGGGGCUUGGCACUUACAUGGCGACGGAAGAGGAGGGAAUCGAAGCGGUAAAGAUGGCAAUAGACGAGGGUUAUCGCCAUAUCGACACGGCAUACUUCUAUCAAAACGAAAACCAAGUCGGCCAAGCGGUACGGUCAAUAAUCGCCGAAGGAAUCAUCAAGCGCGAAGAUGUGUUCAUCGUAACGAAGGUAUGGAACACCUUCCAUGCACCGGAACAUGUGGAAGAGGCGUGUCAAAAAUCGCUUGAAAAUCUCGGUCUGGAUUACAUCGAUCUGUACCUUGUCCAUUGGCCAACGGGAUGGAAGUUUUCGGGCUGGACGGCGGACGAUAUGCUGCCGAUGAAUGCGAACGGCAAAACGAUCGAUUCCGAUGUGGAUUAUCUCGAUACGUGGAAAGCGAUGGAAAAGUUGGCCAGGUCGGGCAAGGUGAAGAGCAUCGGUGUAUCGAAUUUCAACAGCGAGCAGCUGACGCGUCUGCUGGCCAACUGUGAGAUCAAACCGGUAACUAAUCAGGUGGAAUGUAAUCCGGGCAUUAAUCAGCGCAAGUUGAUUGAAUUCUGUCGCCAGCAUGAUAUCGUCAUUACGGCGUACAGUCCGCUGGGAAGACCGAACAUGACCGACCCGGUGGUGGGCACCGGGAACAUACCGAAGCACGCGCUGGACGACCCACGGGUGGUGGCAAUCGCGAAGAAACAUGGUAAAAGCCCCGGUCAGGUUGUGCUUCGCUAUUUGGUCGAGCUUGGCACGCUGCCGAUUCCGAAAUCGUCCAAGCUGGAACGCAUCAGGCAAAACAUCGACAUCUUUGACUUUAAGUUGUCCGCGGAUGAGAUAAAGCUGAUGGAUGGGUUCAACACCGGUGGCCGUACGGUACCGUUUAAUUUCAGCAGCGAGCACAAGUACUUCCCGUUCAAGCUGGAGUUCUAAGCGAAAGCCGGAACUGAUUUGUGUUUCCCCCUUUUAGCAGUGAUCUACCUUUUGUUUGUCCGUUUUACUCACUUUUCCUUCCCACAUUUCCUCCAUAUCGUAUGCUCUACCCACGAAACCGGAUCCGGAGGUCACCGCAAAUCGUUUGCAAAUAAAUGUUACUGCACCGAUAACUGUGUGUGCGUGUGCCAUGC